GUUGUCAUAGUGAAAGGACGAGUCACGUGACGCCAAGAUGCUGCGGCCGCCGUCACUGACGUCACAAUCGCGAGCGAGUAAAGGAGGGGCGGUUUGUGUCGGAGAAGGCAGACGAGCAAGUCAGCUAAAGGAAUAGAAACGAUCAGAUAUAUACGUAACGGUCUACCGAAAUCUGUGCCCUUCUUCUAAUUUUGGGGAUUGCUCCAAUGCCCGGUCCCACCCAAACACUUUCCCCAAAUGGAGAGAACAACAACGACAUCAUCCAGGACAACGGGACCAACAUCAUCCCAUUCAGAAAGCACACGGUGCGCGGGGAGCGCGCGUACAGCUGGGGAAUGGCGGUCAACGUGUAUUCUACCUCAAUAACUCAGGAGACGAUGAGCAGACAUGAUAUCAUUGCCUGGGUCAAUGACAUUCUCUGUUUAGCAUACACAAAAGUCGAACAACUUUCUUCAGGUGCAGCUUACUGUCAGUUUAUGGAUAUGCUGUUCCCUGGCUGCAUCAGCCUGAAGAAAGUAAAAUUCCAAGCUAAGCUAGAACAUGAAUACAUUCACAAUUUUAAGCUCCUUCAAGCUUCAUUUAAAAGGAUGAAUGUGGACAAGAUCAUCCCAGUUGAAAAGUUGGUUAAAGGGAGGUUUCAGGACAAUUUGGAUUUUAUCCAGUGGUUCAAGAAAUUUUUUGAUGCAAACUAUGAUGGUAAGGAGUAUGAUCCAGUUGAAGCUCGACAAGGUCAAGAUGCAAUCCCUCCUCCGGACCCUGGUGAACAGAUUUUUAAUCUUCCAAAGAAGUCCCAUCAUGCAAACUCGCCGACAGCAGGCGCUGCCAAGUCGAGUCCAGCGUCAAAACCCACAACACCUUCAUCCAGACCUUCAUCUGCUAAAAAGAUACCAGCAACUGCACCACCAGCAAAAGGAGAAAAGGAGCUGGAGGCUCAGGUCACUCAGUUAAAUGAACAGGUGAAUUCAUUAAAAGUUGCACUUGAGGGUGUGGAAAAGGAGCGGGAUUUCUAUUUUGGAAAACUUCGAGAAAUUGAGUUACUUUGUCAGGAUCAGGGACAAGAGAGUGCCCAGUUUGUGGAGCGUUUAAUGGAAGUUCUUUAUGCAGCAGAAGACCAGGGCAGAAGAAGCAUCCUUUGUUGUCCACAAUAUGUGCUGCAGGGAGACGGAACAAUGCCUUCGAAGUGAGCGAGGAAGGACAUGCUGAACCUCAAGAUGACCAGGAGGAGCAGGUCCAUGAAGAAGCUCAGCAGCAGGAAGAGUACUGAGCUAAACCACUGGCACCCACAGUAUUCAGUAUUCAUUUUGUCAGGACCUUUUUUUUUUUUUUUUUAAUUUGCUUUUACUCCUGAAGAAGCGAGCGCAUGUGGCCUCGUACGAGGGGCUUCAGGCUCACUUUCGAAUAUUUAUGCAGUAGCAAAUGUACAGUAACUGAAACACUUCUAGCUUCCAUCUUUUUAGCAGGACAGUUACUGCUCCCUCUUAUUAUUUUUUUUUCCUCUUUCCUGGUCAAGUCACUUAAUUUCUCAAUAAAUAAUGGGCACGGGGCAGAACGGGGGACACUUUGGGGUUUGUUUAACGGUUCUUCAGGCUAUCAAAACAAAAAACGGCCUAAAUGGCCCUGCCUAAACAUGGAGGUUAUCAAUUUGGUUACCAUAGCAAAACAUUGCCUAGAAUACGUUUUUGGGCUCCGUGUUUUCUUGCUGAUAUUUAAAAGGUACUUAGGAGCUCUGGUUUA